CCUGAAAAUAAGGUUAGAUCGCGUGAUCUGUUGUAUCAAAACAUGGGUCGAUUGAUAACCUUUGAACUUCAGCUCUGACGAAUUGUCUUAAAUUUUACGACAGAGAUGUUACGGAUAUUCGCGAGUCCAAAGUGUCCUCUUAGCUGUCACUUUUAUCUAUCAUAUGCACGAACUUCGACUGAAAGUAAGAAGGGAUUUUCAGAAAAGUUAGAGGAUGGCCCACAGUUCGAGGACUUUCUAAAAGACACUGUUCAGGAGUAUGAUGGAAAGUUAAAAUUGGAAAAGGGUGAAUCAGGACGACUGAGACUACCACCAUGGUUGAAAACGGAAAUACCUAUAGGCAAAAAUUACAGUAAGAUAAAGUCACAGUUAAGGCAAUUACGGCUGAGCACAGUCUGCGAGGAAGCCAGAUGUCCCAACAUUGGCGAAUGUUGGGGUGGAGGUGCUCAUGGUACAGCAACCGCUACCAUUAUGUUAAUGGGAGAUACUUGCACCCGUGGCUGUCGUUUCUGUUCGGUUAAAACUGCACGUACACCACCACCAUUGGAUGCGGAAGAGCCAAUCAAUACUGCUAAUGCAGUAACAGACUGGGGUGUGGACUAUAUUGUCUUAACAUCUGUGGAUCGUGAUGAUUUAAAGGAUGGCGGGUCUAGUCAUAUCGCAUCAACUGUUAAGGAGAUAAAAAAGAGAAGCAAUAUUCUAGUGGAAUGUCUGGUACCAGACUUUAGAGGAGAUGAAAAUUGUGUCGCUACAAUCGUAAAUUCGAAUCUAGAUGUGUUCGCGCAUAAUAUCGAAACUGUGGAACGUCUAACUCCUUUUGUUCGAGAUAGACGCGCCCAAUAUAGGCAGUCACUGGCCGUAUUGAAAGCAGCCAAAAAGUUCAAUCCUAACUUAAUCACAAAAUCAUCAAUAAUGUUGGGCCUUGGCGAAAGUGAUGAAGAAAUUGAACAGACAAUGCGGGAUCUAAGAGAUGCUGGUGUAAAUGCUCUAACAUUGGGACAAUACAUGCAACCCACUAAAAGGCAUUUAAAGGUCAUCGAAUACGUAACGCCCGAGAAAUUUAAAGCAUGGGAAAAUGUAGGAAAUCGACUAGGUUUUUUGUAUACUGCUAGUGGUCCCUUAGUACGGUCAUCGUAUAAAGCUGGAGAAUAUUUCUUGACGAAUAUAUUGAAACAACGAAAGAAGCAACAGACUGAUGGUCAUACAGUAAUACAAAAAUAAAAAAAUAGUCUAGUUCUGUAAACACAACUUGCGCGAUAUAUAUGUAUAUAUAUACAUAUAUAUUAUCAGAAGUUACAUUAUAGUUAUUUAUUUAUAGCAUGAAUUUUUCUGCGACAGCAUUGAACGAUAUUUCAUCGCUCUGUAGUCAUAUAUAGUUGGUAAUAAAUAUAUAUAUAUAUAUAUAUAUA